GGGCGGGCCAGGCCGGGCCGGGCCGCAGGGCGGCCGCGGGGAUGCGGGGCUGGCGGAGGAACCUCGCGCUCUGCCUGCAGCGGCUGCCGGACGAAGACGAUGGGCCUUACUCCAAGGGAAGCAAGGAUGCAGGCGGGGAGGUGGCCCUGGCCAGCCGGCGACAGAGCAUCCCAGAGGAGUUCCGGGGCGUCACCGUGGUGGAGCUGCUCAAGAGGGAAGGCAGCACGCUGGGCCUCACCAUCUCCGGGGGCACCGACAAGGACGGCAAGCCCAGGGUCUCCAGCCUGAGGCCCGGGGGGCUGGCAGCCAGGAGUGACCUGCUGAACGUGGGCGACUACAUCCGCUCGGUGAACGGGAUCCACCUGACCAGGCUGCGCCAUGACGACAUCAUCACCCUGCUCAAGAACGUGGGCGAGCGCGUGGUGCUGGAGGUGGAGUAUGAGCUGCCCCCGCCCGCCCCCGAGAACAACCCGAGGAUCGUCUCCAAGACGGUGGACGUCACGCUCCACAAGGAAGGCAACAGCUUCGGCUUUGUCCUCAGAGGAGGUGCUCACGAAGACGUGCACAAGGCCCGCCCGCUCGUCCUGACCUACGUGCGGCCCGGCAGCCCCGCGGACAGGGAGGGCUCCUUGAAGGUGGGCGACAGGCUGCUCAGCGUGGACGGCGUCCCCCUGCACGGGGCCAGCCACGCCGCGGCCCUGGCCGCCCUGCGCCAGUGCGGGCCCGCGGCGCUCUUCCAGGUGGAGUACGACGUCGCCAGCCCCGACGCGGCGGCCGGAGCCCCGGGACCCUUGGUGGUGGAGAUAGCCAAGACCCCCGGGGCCGCCCUGGGGCUCUCCCUCACCACCGGCUCCCACCGGAACAAGCCAGUCAUCACGGUGGACCGCAUCAAGCCGGCCAGCGCGGUGGACAGGAGCGGAGCCCUGCACGCCGGAGACCACAUCCUGUCCAUCGACGGCGCCAGCACCGAGCACUGCUCCCUGCUCGAGGCCACCAAGCUCCUGGCCAGCGUGUCCGAGAAAGUGCGGCUGGAGAUCGUGCCCGCGCCCCUCGGCCCGCGGCCCCUGAGGCCCCCAGAGGCAGUGCGCGUGCAGCGGAGCGAGCCAGGCUGGGACGCCGGCGGGGCCUCCCGCCACAGCCCGCGGCCGGGCCCCUGCCACACGCCGCCCUGGGCUGCGCCGCCGCGGGGCCAGGAGCAGAGCCGCUCCUCGUCUUCCACCCCCUUCUCCUCGCCCACCAUGAACCACGCCUUUCCCUGCACCCACGCCAGCACCCUGGCCCGCGGAGCCCAGCCCGCGAGCCCCCGGGCGGCGGCCGGGCGGCGGAGGCCCAGGAGGAGGGAGCACCGGAGCUCGCUGUCGCUGGCCUCCAGCACCGUGGGGCCGGGCGGGCAGAUCGUGCACACGGAGACCACGGAGGUGGUGCUGUGCGGGGACCCCCUGGGCGGCUUCGGCCUGCAGCUGCAGGGCGGCAUCUUCACCACCGAGACCUUGUCCUCGCCGCCCCUGGUCCGCUUCAUCGAGCCCGACAGCCCGGCUGAGCGGUGUGGGCUGCUGCAGGUGGGCGACCGCGUUCUGUCCAUCAAUGGCAUCGCCACCGAGGAGGGGACCAUGGAGGAAGCCAACCAGCUGCUCCGGGACGCGGCCCUGGCCCGCAAGGUGCUACUGGAGGUGGAGUUCGACGUGGCGGAGUCCGUCAUUCCCAGCAGUGGGACUUUCCACGUGAAGCUGCCCAAAAGGCGCGGGGUGGAGCUGGGCAUCACCAUCAGCGCGGCCAGCCGGAAGCGAGGCGACCCCCUGAUCAUCUCAGAUAUCAAGAAAGGCAGUGUGGCGCACAGGACUGGCACCCUCGAGCCGGGCGACAAGCUGCUGGCCAUCGACAACAUCCGCCUGGACCACUGCCCCAUGGAGGACGCCAUGCAGAUCCUGCAGCAGUGCGAGGACGUGGUGAAGCUGAAGGUCCAGAAGGACGAGGACAACUCCGAUGACCAGGAGGGCUCCGGCGCCGUCAGCUACACGGUGGAGCUGAAACGCUAUGGCGGCCCCCUGGGCAUCACCAUCUCCGGCACCGAGGAGCCUUUCGACCCCAUUGUCAUUUCUGGCCUCACCAAACGUGGCCUGGCUGAGAGGACGGGCGCCAUCCACGUGGGAGACCGCAUCCUAGCCAUCAACAGCGUGAGCCUCAAGGGCCGGCCCCUGAGCGAGGCCAUCCACCUCCUGCAGAUGGCCGGCGAGACCGUCACCCUGAAGAUCAAGAAGCAGCCAGACCGUGCCCCCUCGCCCCGCAAGUCAGGCAGUCUCGGCCAGGCCAGCGAUGGGGGCGAGGACGUGCCGGAGCCCCUCAACGCGGGCUCGCUGGCCGCCCGCUACUCACCCGCCGUGCCCAGCGCCGACAGCGCCGUGGACUCCUGCAGCUGGGCCGCGGAGGGCGGCUUCGGGGGGCCAGGCUCCCACACCCCACAGGCAGCCGUCCGGGCUGGGAUCCCUCAGGACUGGCGGCCUAGCAGGCUGAGGAGCCCCCCACCCAUCGAGCCCCGCAGGGCCAGCUACCCCCCGGCCCCCCAUGAGUUCCCCGAAGAGGAGGAGGAGGAGGAGGAGGAGGAGGAGGAUGGGGACUGGAAUCCCCCCAUGAGCCCGGGCCCUGGCCCUGCCCGAGACGAGGGGCUCUGGAGAGUGCUCGGGGAGGCGCUGGAAGACCUGGAGUCCUGCGGCCAGUCGGAGCUGCUGAGGGGCCUGGAGGCCUCCAUCAUGACGGGCACCGUGCCCAGUGCGGCUCUGGAGGGCAGGCCGCGUCCCCGGCCCUGGCCCAGGGCCCGGGAGGUGCGAGAGUCCCGCGAAGACCUGCAGGAGUUGCUGCUGCCAACACCCUUGGAGAUGCACAAGGUGACGCUGCGCAAGGACCCGGCGCGGAGCGACUUCGGGUUCAGCGUCUCGGACGGCCUCCUGGAGAAGGGCGUGUACGUGCACACGGUCCGCGCCGACGGGCCGGCCCAGCGCGGGGGCCUGCGGCCCUUCGACCGGCUCCUGCAGGUCAACCAUGUUCGCACACGGGACUUUGACUGCUGCCUGGCAGUGCCGCUCCUAGCCGAGGCCGGCGACAUCCUAGAACUGGUCAUCAGCCGCAACCCACUGGCCCAGAGCCGCCGGACUCCCCGUGUACCAGGCCCCAGCGGCCCCCAGAUGCUCUGAAGGCCUUUGGGGUCGCCGUCCCAUGGCUGGGCUGCGGAAGUGGGCCCCCCCUCGGGCCAUCUGUGCGUCGGGAGGUUCUGAGCCGGGGUUGGGCCUCGGUCUCUGCUCUCGGUUCUGUGGUCACUGGGGGCCCGGGCAGCAAGGUCCCGGCCCCAACUGGAGCUCCAUCUGGGUCCUCACGAAGUUAGGUCUCUAGACGCUCAGAGAAGCCCACUCCACAGGGGCUGGGAUGGCUGCACAGCCAGGGAGAAAGGGGUGGGGGAAGCAGGAGGGGCUCCCCAGGUCCUGCAGGGGUGCAAGCGCCCUGUCAGGAGAGGCAAACAAGAAAAGCGGAGGCCUUACCCGAGUCAGGGACCGAGGCUCAGGCAAGCAGGCAAUGUGUACCAGGGCUCAUGUGUCAGUUUCCAGAUGGGCAGAAGCCCAGGAAGGAGCCAGCCCUUGCCUUGCUUCUGAAUCCUUACGUUCGGGCCGGUUGGUAUGAGGACCUCGAAUUCUGUGUCUCUACUCAGGAGGCCCCGCGCUGGGUGUCUGGUGUCCCGGCCACUGAAGGUCAGUGACUCGUCCACGUUAGCUCUGUGGGCCGCAGAGCGGGCCCAGUGUCAGCAGGGGCUGUUGGGCAUCCUGUGCCCCUUGUGGCAUUUGGGGACAAAGGGCCCAGGAAGUAUGGUUCACCUGCCACUCCCAACCAAGGAACCUGGGAACAGGCGGUGGAGGGGCGGGGGGUGCCUGGCGAAGUCCCAGGAAGAGAGAAGCUGGGGUAGAGACGGGAAGGGGGGCGGGCUGGAGGAAAGGAAGGAUUGCUCUUUCUCAAGCCCAACAGACGGCCUCCAAUGUCCUGGGGCCGAGCAGUCUCUUGAAACCUGCAAGCAGCAGCAGCCCUAGGCACCAUUUCCAUCUCGCGAGGGGCCAGGCCUGGUCUGGGCCAGGGACCUGGAGGAUGUCAGCCUGGCUGUUUCCCUCCCGUGGGCUGAGAAGUGGGUUUCAAACCAGGGUCCUCUCCUCCCACCCCAUCCUGAUCCAUUCCUGGGGCUCACAGAGGCCAGCUUCUGCUCCAGCCCCGGCUCCGCGCUGGCUGACCCUCGGCGGCUCUGGCUCCCCUCGGAAGUCAGGCGGACGGUGCGCAGGUGCAGGCCAUCUCCGUCUGUGCUUCCCCGCGCCGCGCCCUCAGAGCUGCUCAGACGCGUCUGGGCGGCCCUGAGCCCCUGUAGUCCCCCCCACCCUCCCCACCCCCCAACGCGGGGGCAUCGAGCAAAAGCUCGGAGCUCUGCUUUGAAGGCCGAGGAUGGCGGAGAAGGCUCCGGGUUGCCAGUAGCCACACGCCGCGUGACCCUGGGCGGGCCUCUCAGCCUUUCGGGGGGCUGUUACGUGACAUGGCUGGACCCGACACUCUCAGGGCCUCUCCCCUUAGGAAAGCCACACUCGACUCCAUGACUCCGGGCCUCCAGGCACGAGAAAGCACAUCCAGGCUGGUCAUCCUCAGGCCGAGGCCUCCGCCAUUCCCCCACACAUAUGCAACGGGGCCUCCUCAUAUGCAAUAUCCCCCUGGCUUCUCACAGGUGUCCGUGCAGACCCCACCCGCCCGCCCGAGUCCUGCCUGCCUAUGCACUGCGGGUGACACUCCCCCCAAAGCUGUAUUUUUCUCUGGCCGAGAGCCUAUUCUGUGUAAAUUAUUUUUCUACGGAGAGUUCUUAAGGCUCUUUGGAAGCACAAGCCAGCAGGCUGCACCGCAAAAGCUGCCUAGGGUCUGUUUGGGGCCCACGUGUAACUUUGUCCUGCCGGUACUGCAGUUGGGGGGGGGCCACGGGGGGGCGAUUACUGUUGGGAUCAAUUUUUAAUAAAUAUUGAAAUGCACUUAAGUCUUUCCCUUGAAUUCAUGGGCUUACAAGGGUCAGUUGUGUGUCAAUCUCGUGCCAUCUCACGUGCUUUCUGGAUCAUUCAUCCACUCAGAACCUCUGCCAUGUCAGGUACCGGUGGCUCACGCCCGUCAGUCAUCCUAGCUGCUCCGCAGGCUGAGUGAG